CAUCGACCAUCAUCUAGCCAAAGGCACCUGGCGCUAAUCCGUCGCUAUAAACACCACGCUCAAAUAAUAACCAGUUCUGAAUCCAAAUCCGAUUAAUUCGCUUCACGAAUCCAGUGAAUUUCCAGCAUCGAUAUUAAUGCAAAGCAACGCAAAGCGGAGCAAAAAUAAAUAAAUAAAAUCGUAAAACGCAGCAGAAAGUAAUAAAAUAGGAGCGGACACGUUCCACGAAAACCCGGAGAGGAAGCCAAAGUGUCAACAAGGACACUUCAAAGGACAGCGAACCGAGGCUUGAACACCGGAGAGGAGUCGGGUGCAGAUUGUCCAGACCCCGAAGCCAGUUGGUAGCGAAUUCCCCGCUGGCGAGCAAUUGAGCAAUUGUGCAAAAUGGAUGCGCUGCGCUUCCGUGGUUCACCAUUCGCCCGCUUUACGGGCCAGUCGACCGGACCGGGCCACCCCCGCCCCCCGUCACACCUCCAGCACCCCCAACACCCCCAGCACCCCCAGCAUCCCCAGCACCCCCAGCUCCCCCAGCACCCGCAACGCCCCCAGCCGAUGGGAUCACACGGCAUCAUUGCUCCCGAACCACUCAUCGUGGUGGAGGAGUCCAAUCUGCCCGAGGAGCAGGAGGACAGCUCUGAGCCGACGAUUUCGAAUCGCGGCAGCCUGGACAUCGACUCGCCCGUAAAUCCGUAUCUGCUCUCGCCGUGGCGCGAUCCUCGCGAGGCACGGAAGCACUCGCUGCCCUCGCAGCAGGUGACCGACGGCAUCACGGCCAGCCAGGUGCGACGCCUCUCGGAGCGCGGGGGCGAGGGAUCUGGGCCCACCCCCAAGGAGGCCGCCUUCCUGGCCACCCUCUCGCAGGCCCCGGCUCCCACCGGACGUCGCCACUCGGUGGUGACCAUCUCCAAGGUGCCCACCACCAUCUUUGGGCGGUCGCGCCGCGAGUCCGUGGCCGCUUACCCAAACAGCAAUGGGAGCAGUCGUGUUUUGAAUUCACGGCGCGAGAGUAACACAGGACCGCCGUCUACGGAUCCCAUCGGGAGCAUCCACAAUCUGCAGCUGGACAUCAUGGACGACAUAUACUUGCAGUCGCGGAAGGCACGCUUGAAGCUCUGGACCUCCUCCAACGAGAAGGUGUGCGAGGUGCAGACCGUCGACGAGGCGGGCACCGGCCAGCCGGGCAGGCGCUUCACCAACCGCCGCUACUCGGAGUGCCCCCAGCCGGGAUUGGCCAGCUCCUUUCGCCGCGCCUCCGAGCUGCCGCAGCAGCAGCAGCAAGGUCAGCAGCAGCAGCAGCAGCAGCAGCAGCAGCAGCAGAGCUCCACUCGGGCCUCCACGCGUCGCAAGAAGUCGGGCAGCGGCACUGGCCUUCUGGGCAGUCGCUCGGACAUCGCCGGGAUAUUCAGUUCGUUGACCAGCUCGGCCAUGGACAUGCACCGGCCGGAGCCGGAGGGACGCGACGGCAGCUCCAGUGCCAGCUCCUCGGCCACGGCCACGGCCAGCAGUCCCUUUCUCAGCCAGACCUUUCAGGCGGCAGCUCGCGGACGGGCCACCAGUGCCACGCCCACACCAACGGCCGGUGGCCUCACCGUCGGCGGCGGCGGCGGAGGAGGAGGCGGAGGAUUAGGAGGAGGAGGCGGAGGCGGAGGCGGCGGUGGAUUGGGAGCUGGAACCUCAGCCGGCCUGCUCGAUCCCAAUGCCGGGCGUUCCACGCGAUCCAACAGCUUCGACGUGUCCCUGCUGAACAACGCCAAGCAGCUGGUGAGCGAUGUGCAGGACAAUGGCUCGGCCACGUUGUCCGGUUGGUUUGCCAAGCGGCACACGCCGCUGGCCCGCAAGAAGAGUGUGCGCAGCAAGAGCUCGGCGGUGGCGCUCUCCAAGGAUGUGCUCGAGCGGCUGCAGAAGAAGGAUCCGCUCGGUGGGGACUCCGGCAAACCGAAACUCAAGCCCCGGAGCAAGCAGAAGACCUGGGCAGAGUCCACCAAGGCGACGGUGGAUGCCACCAUUUUGGGCACCGCCAUCGAGGGAUUUCUGCGCAAGAGCUCCAAUGCGAGCAUGGGCGGUUCGAGCAUGGGGGGAUCGGGCUCGUCGGGCGGUGCAUCCACAUCGGCAGCGGCCCGCGGUGCCACACCCAAGGCGGCCAAGGAUUCGGGCAGCGCCAGCGGCAGUCCCGCCCAUGGAGCCCGUCGCAGUCGCGCGACCGCCGGCAGCUCCGCUCAAUCGCAGGCCGGGCGGGCCGUGCGCUCCACCCUCAACUGGUUCGGCAAGGCCGACGAGGACGACUCGAAGGACACGUGCGACGCCUCGCUAUGCGCCACGCUCAAGGACCUAUUCGUCAAAUAGGUCGGGGGCCGCAGAGGCAAGUAAAGAGACGGGUCGAGUCCCGGCUAGAGCAGCACAUCGCCAGCUACUUGCACCUCUGAGAUCCAAAAAUCCUUAUCGAAAUCAGAAAACAAAACAAACAGAGUUGGACGCUUACACAACCAAGUGAACAAUAAGCACGGCAGCAGUAAUCCCCAUUGAAAUCAUCAUAUAACAGAGAGCCAAAAGCUUAAUGACAGAUUAAAAGCGCAGCAUAGUCUGCAUUCGAACAAUGGAGAUGCAAAUAAUACAUCAAAAUCAAUAACAUAAUCUCAGCACAUUCAUAACUCACAAACACCAUAAUAAUUGACGGCAGACUUCACAAAACACGUCCAUUAAAUCAAACACUGAAAAAAAUGCAUGCAAGGGCCGACAGUGAGAUUUGAUCUGACGGUAACUGAAUGAGAAAUUAGAACUGCAAAGUAAACCGUAUACCUAGUAUUGGAACAAUAACAAGGCAGAAGCUUUCGAUACCUGACAGUUUAACAGAUUGAUACAUUUGAUACUAACAAAAGCUAAAAAUAAGCGAGCAACAAGUUUUGGAUGAAAUUAAGAAAUAUGAACUUAACAGCAAUAACACAUUGACCUUCUGUACCUGAAAAUAAAAAAAAAAUUGGCAGGAAUCAGAACACACCUACAAAAACCGAAAAACAAACACACAGAACCGAAGAACACCGAACAACACUAGGAUCCGAUUAACGGUGAACAACAAGAGUACAAGAGAGCAACUUUUAACGGUACAAGUAACUUAACGCAUAACGGUAUUGGUAAGUGCGAAGGCGAAUGAGAAACGAUAAGCGAUAAACAGUGAUCGAUAGGCAGAUAGUUAAGCGAUAAACGAUAGAGAUUAAGGCAACGCUGCAGGGGAGUCAGGAAGAUGGAAUCAGAAAUCAGGAAUCGGUGGGAUAAGUGGAACAAGGAACAUGACACCUCAUCCCAUCUUACCUCCACCAAAAGGACGAGGGGACAGACCCCAGAAGCUAUUUAAGCAAAAUACAGAUAAAUUAUAUACAUAUAAAUAUAUAUUCUCCUACAUUUGCAUACCAUUUGUAACCGAAAGUCGAGAAGAUGCACGAGAUGCACAAAAACUGGGAAGUAAAGGAGGGCAGAGAAUAUACAAAUAUUUUUCUACGUGCAGAGCAAUUUAGGCGGGUCUCAGCGAAAGAGUAAAUCCCGGGAUGAAGAAGAAAACCGCGACUUUUUGACGCAUUGCCGCUACGGCGAUGAAACUACCUAAAUAUUGGGAAUUUUUUUUUGGUGCCCAUCCAUGUUGGCACAUCGAUGGAAUACGAAUACACAGACCUGUGUAAAAGACAUCCAUGGCAGAUGCACAAAUAUCGGUCUUUAUACAUGCUUACAUACAUAUUUUGAAUUGAGUCACCAGCAAUCGGGUGAAUCCGAGCAAAAGAAGAUGCUCCAACGGUUGCCGCAACCAUAUCACAAUAAAUAUCCACACAAUGAAAUCAGCACGACUUCGUGCAUAUAAACACGUUACAAUAUACGAAUAUUUAUCUACGGAGAAUAAGAAGUAAAUGUCUACAGACUCAAGAGUUUUAAUCAAUGUAAACCACACAAUAAAUGUAAUUUGUAUGUACAAUCUGAGCUUACUCGAGGCAAAAAUCACAAAUCGUAAAACGCAAAUCGCAAAUCGCAAAACACAACACACAACACAAACAGCAAAUGCCAAACUAAAUCGAGUCGAGCUGAAUAGAAAAUCGAAUAUAAAUUAAUGUUCGCGUUGAAUAUUUAAUGUUUAAACGUAAAAUAAUACGCAAGCAGAAGCAGAAAAGCUGCAAAGUAGCAGGCGGAGGAUGAAAGGCUGGGGUGUCUGGGGAACUUUCCCAGGCAGAAGUUUGAAAAUCAAUUAACGAAGAAAUUUAAAUUGGAAACUCGCAAUUGCAGAAAUUGGCAAACAGAGGGGCUAUAGAAAGACAGUGAGAGAUAGCCAAGGAGAGACAGAGAGAGAGAGAGAUAGUAAGAACAAACAAACAAACAAACAAUCAGUCAAUAUUGCAAUCAAUCAAGUGUGUUUCUAUAUGCGGCAUUUGGCUUUGUCAAUUUGUCAAUUGAUGAUGGGCAAGUAUGUAGGCGCGAGGGGCAGGGGGAAUGGACUGCAAUGUAGUAUCGAAACUAUAUACAUACAAUAACCAUACGCGUAUGUUAAACGAAUAUCACUCUAUCAAUAAUUGUAUCUCAAUGUGCCCGAAAAAUGUGUUUUAGACUUCGAUUUCCAUGUGCGUGUCUCAAGGAGGUAACCCAAAGUUAACUUUCACUUUCAGUGUGUUAUAAUGCUACAGAGCGGCAGAUUUACCAUAAUACUGAUCUAUAUCUAUACAAGAAUAAGAAUAUACAAUAUCUACACGUAAAAGAUAUAUACAUAUAUACAUACAUAUAUUAGAACUAUUUACAAGUGCGAUCCUUCUUGGUCGCAGCCAACUAAAGUUGUCCACGUUUUGCUCAUCAUCCUAACUGUUGUUCUAUAUCGUUGCUAUUACCGAUCGAUCUAUACUAUGUAACAAUAAAUGUGUACAAAACGGGGGGAUGGGGAAUCUGUUGGGGAUCUGAGGAGUCUGGGAACGUCCCGAACUUCGGACGGAUGACGCGUAGAAGGCCAAAGCAACUCUCAAGUUCUAUUUGUCCUAUUUUUGAUAGUUGUAUAUAUAUAUACUACAUAUAUAUACCGCAUAUACAAUACGUGCAUUCCAUAUAUACACAGACACUAUAUGGAUGCAAUUUUUUUCGAUUGAUUUAGCAUUGAAUGUGCAUAGAUUUAUGACUACUUACAUAUUCGGAUAUACAUAUGUGUACCCCUAAAGAUAAUAAUGCAUCCGAGGAAUAAUCACACCAGGAAUAAUCAGCGGCAACACCCAGAGUGGAACGGAUUCGAUUUGGCAGCGAAAUGGAACGUAAACCCAUAGAUGUCUUGCCGCUGAUUGAUUCCAAGUCGUGUCGUUGUCAUUGUUCUUGACGCUGUUGAUGUCGUGCAAUUGUAAUUACCGUUGUUCAAUUGUUGUUAAUGUUUAUCCACAUGUAUGUUUUGUGUGCGUACGACCUAAGACUACAUACGAGCAAGCGGUUACCACCGACUACAGUACUUUAGUAGUGUUAACUGGCGCCCAACGUAAUAUACAUAUAUAUAUUUGUACCCGCAACUCUCUUAGUGUGUGGUAUUCGGGAUCAUGGAUCAUUACAUCUAUGAUAUCUCUGUGUGUAUCCUGUGUGCGCACUUCGAUUCGAGCGAUCUAUUAUUUAUUUAAAGGCUUUUCUGGGUCCACAGCACCCGGGGGGAAAAGUGGGCAAAACUACGCAUAAUAUAGUGAGUAAAGAGACAAAUGAGCGAUGGAGCAGUAGAGAAUGGCACGUAAUAGCUGACAUGCAUAUAUAACUAAGAUAUAUAUCUAUGUAAAUAUCGGAAGGAAUCUUGGGAAUACGUUUGUACAUAAUUAUGCGUAUGCUAGCGAGGGGAUAGCGAGGGAAGUAGAGUUUUUUUUUUUUUCUAAAGCCAAAAUCCAAUUGCUACCGAAUGUAAAACAAUCAAUUGAUGACACAUAAUGUAAACGAAACCAAGUUAAAAACAAUACAAAGCUAACUAAUUUGCGAACGGGCAGUGUCCACAUACAUACAUCUAUGAAAUUCUACAUUUGUAUGUGUCUGCUCUCUACCACCCACCACCCACGGCUUGAAGAAUCCGAGGAGAAUCCGAGUAGAAGUCGGAGGGGCUGGAUGUGCACCAGGCGAGUGUACUUUACCACACAUACAAUAUCCAAUAUACAGCUAAAUAUACACCCUUAUACAUCUAUAUAUACAUAUGGAAUAUAUAUAUACGGAAAUAAAU